AUGCCACUGGACACAUUGUAUGUGACUGGAUUUUCAAAGGAAUCGAAGGCUGCUGAUUUGGCGCCAGAUUUUGAAAAAUAUGGUGAUUUAGUAAGAUUAGACAUCCCUCCACCAAGAACUGACGACGGAGAAAAAUAUGCGUUUGUGGAAUACAAAAAUCCUGAAGAUUGUGAAAAGGCACUAGAAUUGCACGGUAAACAAUUACCUUACUCGUUGAAAGAUGGAUUGGUUGUUCAAUUAGCCAGAUCCGAUCCAUAUUCCGCAAGGAGAGGUGGUUUCAGAGGUAGAGGCGGAUACGGAUAUGCCCCAAGAGGUGGGUAUGGCUACGCCCCAAGAGGUGGAUAUGGCUACUCCUCAAGAGGUGGCUACGGUUACACUUCAAGAGGUGGCUAUAGAGGCGGUAGAGGUGGAUACAAUGAUUACGGUGGCUACAAUGACUACGGUGGCUACGAUAGCGGCUAUGGAUAUGGUGGUGGCUACAACGGUAGUUAUAGAGGUGGUUACUAUAGUGACUCAAGAGGUUAUUAUGGUAGCUCACGAGGUAGUUAUCGUGGUGGAAGAGGUGGUUAUUAUGAUCGAGAUUACGGUUAUCGAAGCUAUAAUGAUCGAGACUACCAAAAUCGUGAAUAUGGUGACGGUGACUACAGAGCCAGCCAUGAUGGGCAAUUGAGUGAGCCUACAUACGAUAAUAGAUCAGCAGACUAUAAGGACGAUAGUGCAGGUCGUAGUAAUGAUAUACCACGCGAAGGUGGUAGUCAUUCAAGGCCAUCUUCAAGAUCUCCAAUCAGAAGAGAAAGGUCAAGAUCUCCUGUUAGAAAAGAAAAGUCAAGGUCCCCAGUUAGAAAAGAACGGUCUAGAUCUCCAAUAAGGCAAGAAAGAUCAAAAUCUCCAAUAAGGCAAGAAAGAUCUAAAUCUCCUCAAUGA